UCAUCUUCCACGGACUUCCAGAAGCCCUAACCAAAGCCACUUGAAAAUGCCCUUCUUCCCGCCUUUAUUUUCCAACCGCUUCCGAUCCUCUCCAUCUCUCGUCUCUCCUCGCCUAACCUUUCUCAAUUUCCACAACUACCCUUCAACAACACCUGAAUUUCGCGCCAAAACCCUCGAAUCCAAUCCGUCCAUCAAAACGCCUGAUUCCGUCGACUUCGACCCCUCAACCGUCGCAGAAACCAUCUCCAGCUAUGCCAACGACUGGAAACGUGCCCUCGAUUUCUUCAACUGGGUUGAGAAGGACCAUCGGUUCGAGCACACUGUCGACACCUACAACCGCACGAUUGAUGUCCUCGGGAAGUUCUUCGAGUUCGAUCUUGCGUGGGGCCUGAUCGGGCGGAUGCAAGAACGCCAGCCCAUUUCGCCUGACCACACGACGUUCCGGAUCAUGUUCAAACGGUAUGCUUCCGCACAUCUCAUUAAAGAAGCUGUUGAUACUUACGAUAGAACUGCUGACUACGGUUUGAAAGAUAAGACCUCGUUUUUCAACCUCAUCGACGCUCUUUGCGAGUACAGACAUGUCAUCGAAGCGGAUGAAUUGUGUAAGAAAAUGGGUUCGGAGUUUUCAGCGGAACAUACAAAGAUGUGCAAUAUAAUUCUCCGCGGGUGGUUCAAGAUGGGUUGGUGGAGUAAAUGUCGGGAGUUUUGGGAAGAAAUGGAUAGAAUGGGAAUUGCCCGCGAUCUACAUUCAUACUCUAUAUACAUGGAUAUCCAGUGUAAAUCGGGGAAACCAUGGAGAGUCGAUAGAUUUUACAAAGAGAUGAAGAAGAAGGGCAUUCCGCUGGAUGUUGUGGUGUAUAAUACAGUCAUUAAUGCCGUCGGUCUAUCGGAUGGUGCCGAUGAGUCGAUUCGGGUAUUUCGGGAGAUGAUGGAAUUUGGGUGUCAGCCGAAUGUGGUUACUUACAAUACAGUGAUAAAGAUUUUGUGUCGGGAGGGGAGGAUUAGGCAGGCAUAUGUAUUUCUUGAGCAAAUGCAUAAUAAGGGUGUCCCACCCAAUGUGAUCACAUAUCAUUGUUUCUUUAGGUGUCUUGAUCGGCCAAAGGAAAUCAUGAAGCUGUUUGAGAGGAUGGUCAAGGACGGGUGCCGUCCGAGGAUGGAAACGUACGUGAUGCUAAUCAAGAAGUUUGGGCGUUGGGGAUUUCUUCGGCCGGUUUUUAUUGUGUGGGAUAGGAUGAAGGAGCACGGGUGUAGUCCGGAUGGGUUUGCUUAUAAUGCUCUGAUCGAUGCCCUGGUGCAGAAAGGCAUGGUUGAGAUGGCGAGGAAGUAUGACGAGGAGAUGUUAGCGAAAGGGCUUUCGGCUAAGCCGCGGAGGGAGUUGGGGACGAAGGUACUGAGCGACGAAUCUGAUGAUGAGUGUAGAUGAUGUUGGACAAAACCAGGGAUUCGGCUGAUGGCUUGACUUGUUCAAAUUUCGAGGACUUGAAUAUGUAAUUUACAAUGAGCGAAUGCACAAUGUUCUGCUCUGGGCAUUUUCUCGGAUCAUUGAUCUCUAGAAGCGGGGCUCAACUUUUGGUGAUUGAAAUUGUUCAUUUGGUGGGUCCCAACUCCCAUGGUGGAUGGAAGAUGUUACCCAAAAUCUUUCCCAUUGGAUGAUGCUCUCUGAUUUGUUGUCUUGGUUAAAUGCGGCAACUGGUUGUAACUGUCAAUUUUCAUUGGAUAUGCAGGAGGUUAGGGUGUGACCUAUCCAGUGAUGGGGUCCACCAGAACAACGGAUUAGGUUGCUGAUAGGUGGGUUAUACCCAUACGAUUGUUUGGUUGAACAAAGAAAAGCCAUUUCUUUCGACCAACCAUCAUAUGAAGUACCUAUUUUAUGAUUUGGUGGGCUGGCUGCUCUGAUAGUAUAAUGUUAACCAAAGGCCAUAAGCUCCAAUUGUUUGGGAUAAAAGCAUUGUCAAGAUGACAGAGAACUUCACAACCUUGUGGCCUGUCUGAAUUUUCUGCGGUCUGAUUGAAGAAAUGUUGCAACCAUUACAUGGCGAAGAAAGAGUGGAUUUGAAGACGAAAAAUCUUCUUAGUGGUGGAUGUGAGAAGAAUGGAUUUACAUUUUUCAUUUGAAUUCUUCAAGUCAAUUUAGUAGGUGUCUUGUUGUAAAAAAGAACUACUUUUUACUUGGGAUUGUUGGUUUGGCUAUCCUUCUACUUUAGUCUUACAAUCUUUGAGUCAGUUGAGUUUAGUGAAGUCAAGAAUUUAUAAUGAGAAGCUUGUGUUUUAGUCAAAUGUUUACACCGA